ACCACCACAUUUACAAUUCUUUCUCCCUCAAUCUAUCCGCUCUAGUCUCGUUCUAAGUAUGCUUUGUGGUUGCGGCUAAGUCCGAUCUUCCACAUCAGAAAGAAUUACUAGAGUUUGAACCUAAAGCCCACGUCCUGCUAAGCUCCCGUUCCUUACAAACCCGUCGAACCUCUGUCUGGCUUCCGCCAAAAAAUGGACGAAGAGGCUCUUCGUGUAGGUUUUUUGUGUUUUUUUUUGUGAUUUUUUUUAAUCGAAACAAUUUGAUUUUGUGAUUUUUUUUAUCAAAACAAUCUGAUUUCAUUACUUUUUUUAUAGAUGUAUGCCGAGAUAUACGAUCCUCGAUUGUGUAUCCAUUAUGGCCCAAGAGAUACGAGGUAUUUAACCGAUCAACAAGCACAUCGCUCUAGUGCUAUUUGGGAUAACAAUCCGGUAAAUUCAUGAUUUAUCUUGUUUUAUUGUUUUUAUUUUCUUAAAGUAUUAUUUUGCUUUCUUUAAACUAACAAAUUGAUGUUUUUUCCUAUAUUUUUUUGUAGGAAUCACUUAUUCCUGUCGUUCAUAAAGGGACCACAAACUUGCCCGCUUGGCAUGAUCGGUUGGCGCCCUAUAUAGAGAGGACCAGGUUGGGUAUGAUAAGGCAUUUCAUGCGGAUCGAAAUCGACAACGAUCUGCUUACGGCAAUGGCGGAGCGAUGGCGCCCCGAAACCCAUACGUUUCACCUUCCGGAGGGGGAAAUGACGAUCACCCUCAAAGACGUCGCGAUCCUCACUGGACUGCCGAUUUCUGGAGAGUCCAUCAUUGGGAGCACUACCAAACCCGAAGGAGGUUGGGGGCCGCUCAUUCGUGAUCGUUUGGGCUUUGACAUACCGACCAACACACCAAUUCAAGGACGGGGGCAUCCACCAUUGAAUGCGGGACAAGUGUCAGUCCCGUGGCUCGUUACUCACAUCCAAAAUGAGGUGGCCAUCGACAACGAGACACCAGAAGAUCAAGUCGAGCGCUAUGCACACAUCUACCUCAUUGGUUUGGUCGGUGGAUUUCUGUUCCCCGACAAGUCAAACCGGUGGAUUCAAGGCAUAUGGUUGGACUUGCUCCUUGGUGAUUGGGACGCAAUAAGGGAAAAUAGUUGGGGAUCGGUCGUGUUAGCUAGCGUAUACCGGGAGCUGUGUACUUGCUCGAAGUUGGGAGCCAAACAAGCUGGUGGUGCGAUGUUCAUCCUCCAGCUCUGGGUAUGGGAGCAUGUUCCAAUGUUCCUCUGUACUUCCCAGUAAGGAAGGUUCCAUCAACCUAAUUAAAUAUAAGGAAGUAAUUAUUAUGAAAUUUACUUGGUCUGAAAGAAUACAAACAUUUCAAAUAGUAAACAUGUAAUAAAAUACCUGAAUAACC